CCAAAGCCACUGCAGGCCACCUCCUUUCCCAUUGGCCAAAGCGAAUGCCCGUUUGAGAGAAUACGUAUGGGGUGAAGAGGUUGCUUUCACAUAUGUAGGUUAGGUUGUCGGUCUUCGUAGCUUUGAUUUUGUGGCCGCAGUGGAAGGUUGGUAGAGAUAGUAAAGGAGAUUGGGGAGGCCGAUGAAGAGUCAGGCGAUUGAGGAGUGGUGUGCAACGCCCUCCAGAGAAGACUCGGAGUUGCAGACCUAAGAUUAAAGGAGCCACGAAUACGAUCAGCGAACCGGGUUUGGCCCGAAAGGCGACCUGAAUUGACAGUGAGGGGAUAACGGGAGUAAAGGAAGGUAAGAAGAGAAAAGGCGGCCGCGGCGGCUCCUCUCCCGGCUGGGUGGGCGGGAGACGCAGGCUUUUCUGAAAGCAGUAACGAGCGGGGACUCUGGCGGAGUGUCGAAGACGAGGAUGACUCUGGAAUCCAUGAUGGCGUGUUGCCUGAGCGAUGAGGUGAAAGAAUCCAAACGGAUCAACGCCGAGAUUGAGAAGCAGCUGCGACGUGACAAGCGGGAUGCCCGGAGGGAACUGAAACUGCUCUUACUGGGAACUGGAGAAAGUGGAAAGAGCACAUUUAUUAAACAAAUGAGAAUAAUUCAUGGUUCUGGCUAUUCAGAAGAGGACAAGAGAGGUUUCACGAAGUUGGUAUAUCAGAACAUCUUUACUGCAAUGCAGUCAAUGAUCAGGGCCAUGGAGACAUUGAAGAUCCUUUUCAAGCACGAGCAGAAUAAGGCCAACGCCUUACUGAUUUGGGAGGUGGACGUAGAAAAAAUCACAGUAUUUGAGCAGCCAUAUGUAAAUGCAAUUAAGACUUUAUGGAAUGACCCUGGAAUCCAGGAAUGUUAUGACAGAAGGCGAGAAUAUCAGCUCUCUGAUUCAGCUAAAUACUACCUUAUGGAUGUAGAUCGAAUUGCUACCCCAGGAUACUUACCCACUCAACAAGAUGUGCUUCGAGUUCGAGUGCCCACAACUGGGAUCAUAGAGUAUCCUUUUGACCUGGAGAACAUCAUUUUUAGAAUGGUGGAUGUUGGCGGUCAGAGAUCUGAGCGGAGGAAGUGGAUCCACUGCUUUGAAAACGUGACCUCCAUUAUGUUUUUAGUAGCCCUUAGUGAAUAUGAUCAAGUUUUAGUGGAGUCGGAUAAUGAGAACCGAAUGGAGGAGAGUAAAGCCCUUUUUCGAACCAUUAUUACGUACCCUUGGUUCCAAAAUUCCUCAGUCAUCCUCUUCCUCAACAAAAAAGACCUGCUGGAAGAUAAGAUCUUGUAUUCUCAUCUUGUGGACUAUUUCCCAGAGUUUGAUGGUCCUCAAAGGGAUGCCCAAGCAGCCAGAGAGUUCAUCCUCAAGAUGUUUGUGGAUUUAAACCCAGACAGUGAUAAAAUCAUCUAUUCUCACUUCACAUGUGCCACAGACACAGAGAACAUCCGUUUCGUUUUUGCUGCCGUCAAGGACACCAUUCUGCAGCUCAACCUGAAAGAAUAUAACUUGGUUUGACCCCAUUCAUUUCUCAGGAAACCUCAGUGUGUUAAAAAAUGGGAAAUAAUUACAAAAUGUCCUUUAUUUUAAAUGAUGUGAUUCUUUUAAAUUGUCUUAUAGAGGAGUAACUAGUUCUGUGUUUCCUGGUUCUUAUUCUAUCCAUAAAUAGUUGCUUUUUCCAUUCUUC